AUCGGAAGAGGAAAACGGACGAGAGACCUCGCGUCCCCCCCCCCCCCCGCCGAUCGGUGUAUGGCACAGACCCCCGCGAAUACUUUGCACUCGUUCGUGUAUUUAAGUAUCGAAGUAUCGACUCUCGAUUCCGAGUAAGAAAAAGUCGUGGCAAAGUGUAUUUUUACUCGAGAUCUACGUUCUACGUGCAAUCGCAGUACGGAUACUUUACGGACAGAUACGACAGAUGCCCCGCGAGUACGUGUACUCGGUAGUAGAUUACGCGAGUUUUGGUGGAAGAGAGAGACAGACGCGUUUUCUUUCGUUUAAGAUUUAAAAUUGUAAAGUCGCGCCUGGUACUAUUUAUUAAUGAAUAAUUCGAAUAUCGAGGGGAUCAAGAGAUCUACAUUUGGAUUUUACUGUUUGAACAUUCGGUGCUACGGAUAUUGUGCGAAUAGCAAUAUUCGCUACCUGACAACACAAAUAUUUCAAUCUUUUUGAAGAAAAGAAUCUUUACUUAUUGUUAAUCGCUCAAAAUAGGAGGAAAAGGAGAUUCUUUCCAGAAUAAAAAAAAUCCUCCGAUACCGCCUGUGCAACCACCAAAGACUCUUUGCAACAUCCCGACACUUCAUCCCGCGGGAUCGAUCGAUCGGUCGAAAGAAACAGAAGUAUCGCGGCAAGCGACGAUCAAUCAACGAUUCCAGCAACGAUUCCCCAGAUUCCAGAAACCGGAUAAAGAUCCAAGGCAGACGGUCGUGGAAAACGUGCGCGUAUCUCGCAAAGAGAGGGACGUCGUCCUUACAUGCGCCGUCGUCGCGGGUACAAAUUGCACGCGAGCAAACGCCUCGGCGGCAGUACACGUGCGCCACGACGCCCGGCGUCGAACGUCGCGGCGGACGACGCCUUCGUCUCGUCGCCACGGCUGGUUGUAUUACAAUCGCAACGAUAAAUGCGCCGACAUUUCCACGGAUGACAUCCCGGCCGCUCUCCAAAAUGAUGAUCGCCUGGAUCACUCUGCUGGCUCUCGGCGCCGUUUGCCACGCUUUGCCCGUGGCCGACGAGUCUGAUGAUACGAGUACGAUAAGAGAUAUAGAAAGUGUCUCGGAGUCGACUGUCGCUCCCGAGGUGGAGGGUCACCCCAUGGACGACAUAAUGCCAGGAACAAAACCACCGCCGAGCACCGUGGUGUUCGUUGACAUCCCAGAGCAUACGGAAACGGAACUGGGUUCAUCCGUGCUGCUGGCCUGUCGAACUGCUAAUCCUGUGGCCGAAUGCCAAUGGUCCUGGCAACCAUUACCACCGGUUCACCUGCCGCUUCCGGACGUCAGUGAAAGCCCGCCGGUUUCUUCGACAAUCACGGCGAUCCCGACGAUCGCAACUACAGCAACUCCCACGACCCACCCAUUGCCCGUACGACAGUUUCCCGCGUUCGGGAACAACAGCAACGAUUGCUCCGUGAGAUUCUCCAGCACCAAGCACGAACAGACAGGAUAUUGGACCUGCGCAGCGAGAGCCUCGACGAGCGAUCCUUUCACCAGCACCGAGCCUGCCAAGCUUAGCAUCGUCAAUGCUAAUCAAGGCAUUCUCAUCACGUUCGCGGAGAACGAGAAUGUCGUUGAGGUUCCGGCGGGAUCCUCGGCGCAGAUAAUGUGCCAGGCAAAGUCACCGGUACGCGAAUGCCAGUGGUCCUGGCGGCAAUUGAACCAAUCGCAGCCCUGGAACCUCGACGUGAAAUCGUUUCCAGCCUUCGGUAAUGACAGCACGGAAUGCAGUAUCAAGUUCAAGAACGUCCUGCCGGAGCAGGAAGGCUACUGGACCUGUGGUGCGCGAAUCAAUCCGAAUUCCUCGUUCACCCAGGCGUCUCCCGUUCGAUUUCUCAUAUCGGAAGUCGAGUUCGUGCAGUUGUCACGCGGCGUACAGGUCGCCGCCGGAGAAUCCGUCUUUCUUCGAUGCUUGGCGAACAAGCCGGUGGUACAGUGCGAGUGGUCGUGGAGGGCGUCGAACUCGAGCAAGGAACCGCUGCUGGUGAAGAAAUUCAGUCCAAACAAGGACGCCGAACACGACUGUUCCGUACGAUUCAAGAACAUACUGUACGAGGAGGAAGGUCUGUGGACCUGCGGGGUCCGUCUGACACCAGACGGUAUCCUGCACACGGCGCCUGCGGCGACUGUCAGCCUCCUGCCUACAGCUAAGGUGAGCUUCGUCGAAGUGCCGACGGACACGGCGGUACCAACAGGCACGGAGGCCAUUCUGAAAUGCAUCACUAGCAGCCGCGUGGAGAAAUGCGUGUGGAAUUGGAGGCCGCUACACGGUAGCGACCCGGAGAUCGUCCUCGACGAGUUCCCGAGCAACGGGGACCUCGGUCGCGACUGCUCGCUUCAACUUCCGCACGUGUACGCGGAGAAACAGGGUCACUGGAGCUGCCAAGUGUCCAUCACGUCGCUCAAUACCGUCCUGACGUCACCAUCCGCGAAGCUCACAGUCUACGAGCAAGACGAAGUGAAAUUCUCGGAGCUGUCGCAGGACAUACAGAUCUCGUCCGGCGGCAGCGUCCUGCUGCGCUGCGUGAUGUCCUCGGCGGUGGAUCAAUGCCGGUGGUCGCUCACCCCGGUCAAUUCCAACACCACAGUGGUUGUAAAGCAAUUCCCGGCGGCCGGAAACGAGGCCCGCGACUGCAGCGUCCGUCUGAGCCACGCUCUAGCCGAGCAAGAGGGACUCUGGACCUGCGGCGCUAGGAUACACGGCCGGCAGAAUUACACGGAUGCACCCCCCGCGAAGCUGACUCUCCUCGAACCAGAGCCCGUUACUAUCGCGGUUUGGGCCGCGCCCCACAAAAUGGUCACUCUUGCAUGCAGAGUCGGAUCUGUCUCGUCGGAGGCCAGAUGCCAUUGGAUCCACGCACCACAAAUUCAUAUACAUCAAAAUUCCAGCAAGCUUGCAAAAAAAACGAGACACAACGUGCAAAUGGAUUACAACACGGGUAUAUGUAAACUAGUCUUCAAACCGGAUCAUUCCGAUCUGGGACAAUGGACCUGUAGAUUUACUGUCAACAAUGACAACACCGACAUCGAAAUAGGAAACGCGACACUCGUUCUGCUAAACAGUUUAACAGAUGAAAAAUUAGGAUGGAUUGUGGGCACCUUAACGGCUGUGAUUCUGUUCCUGAUGAUAAUAGUAGUAGUGCUGGUUGUAUGCAAAGCGCGAAUCUUUGUCCGUAAGACAUCUGAAGUCUUGGAAACCUUACCUCCCGGCGAAAGGAAACAGAAAGCGAGAUCGUGCGGUGAGAAGAAUACUGAGAAUCAAGAGAAUCAAGGGAAGAUUAACUUUCAGUUCGUUGAAGACGAAGACAGGAGUCAUACAUCAUCCAUCGAGAGCGUUUUACCUAACAGAAGUCCACGUGUGGAAAAGAAUUACGGACCAAAAUCUAUGAGAAUGUUGGAUUAAAAUUGUAAUUAUUAAGAUUUGGAUUAGAGAAACAAAAAGCUACAAUUUGUAAAAAUUAAACAUAUGAAAAUUCAAUA